AUGAAAUCCUCAACCCUCCUCGCUCUCUCCCUCCCCGUGCUCUCUGCACACGCCUGGAAAAUCACCUGGCGGGACGCCUCCGGCAAAGCAAGCACCAAGAGCGGCCGCGGCCCCUCGAAAUGCAUCCCCAUCGACCACGCCGAGGGCCAGGAAUUCGACCUCGACGGCGAGGGCGAGCCGAACAUCAACAUGCUGUUGUUCACCAACAGCAAGUGCUCCGGCGACCCGUCGGGCCAGGCAACUGUCUCGUUCGUUAAGGAGGCGUCGGGCGACCUGAGCGGAUUCCAGGUUGUGAGGUUGGACGCCGGCGAUGAUGAUGAGGAUGAUGAUGAUAGUACCAGCACUGGUACCGGAUCUAGCUCUGGAAGUGCGACUCCUUCUCCUACUUCUACGUCUACCGAUGACGACGACGAGGACGACGAGACUUUCACCCUCCCGACUGUUUCGGCUACCAGCACCAGCACCAGCAGUGACUCGGAUGAGACCACGAGCCCGACAUCGACUGCGUCUUCGAGCGGUGCCGACGCUACCGAGUCGAGCAGCGCGACGGGGACAGAUAACGAUGAGACACCCUCGCCGUCUGAGUCUGGCGACGAGAGCACGCCUACCGAUGGGUCUGCGCAGCUUGCGCUCUCGCGGACUGGGCUUGCUGGGGUUGUGGUUGCUGCGAUUGCUGGGGGGUGGGCCUUGGACCUGUUGUUCUAA